GCAAUAUGGCGCAGAGGAUGUAGGAUCGUGUGGUUACGAAGGAUAUAGCAGACCAACAUGUGUUUUAUGCGCCGUACAUAGUUCUAAAUAAUCUUCUUGUGUUCUUUGGAGUUUAACAUCUAACUGUGGAAAAUGUCGACCGAAAAAGUAAAGGUUGCUGUGAGGGUUCGACCCAUGAACAGGCGAGAAAUCGACCUUGGCACCAAAUAUGUUGUGGACAUGGAAGGAAAUCAGACGAUACUGUAUCACCAUCAGAACAGCCCCCAUGAUGGUGGAGGAGAGCGAGGAAGUGGGGCUGGUGGCAGGAAGGCACCCAAGACAUUUGCAUUCGAUCACUGUUUUUGGUCUAUGGACGAAAAUAAUCCAAAAUUUGCAGGUCAAGAACACGUUUUUAACUGCCUUGGUCAGGAUGUACUACGGCAGGCCUUUGAUGGGUACAACGGCUGUAUAUUUGCCUAUGGACAAACAGGGUCGGGAAAGUCCUAUUCCAUGAUGGGAACUUUUAAGGAAGAUGGUAAGGGGAUCAUCCCCCGUAUAUGUGAUGCCCUGUUUGAGAGGAUCGCCCAGAAAGACUCUCCUGACCUCGGCUUCAAAGUGGAAGUAUCAUACAUGGAGAUUUACAAUGAAAAAGUUCACGACCUGCUGGAUCCCAAAGGAAGUAAACAGAACCUGAAGGUGCGAGAACACAAUAUACUUGGUCCCUAUGUGGAUGGUCUGUCGAUGCUGGCUGUGGCUUCCUUUGAGGAUAUAGACAAUUUAAUGAAUGAAGGCAACAAGUCACGAACAGUGGCCGCCACCAACAUGAACAACGAAAGUAGUCGCUCACAUGCUGUGUUCAACAUCAUCCUGACACAGACUCGCUGUGACACCCAAACAGGGUUGACAGGCGAGAAGGUCAGCAAGCUCAGUCUGGUGGACUUGGCUGGGAGUGAGAGAGUACAGAAAACCGGAGCCAUGGGGGACAGAUUACGGGAGGGUAGCAACAUAAACAAGUCACUUACCACACUAGGAUUGGUCAUCUCAGCACUCGCUGACCAGAACAAGGCAAAGAGCAAGUUUGUCCCCUACCGAGACUCAGUCCUAACAUGGCUAUUAAAGGACAAUUUAGGUGGAAACAGCAAAACUGUGAUGAUAGCUACUGUAAGUCCCUCAGCAGAUAAUUAUGAGGAGACUUUAUCAACGCUCAGAUAUGCUGACCGUGCCAAGCGAAUCGUGAACCACGCUGUUGUAAAUGAAGAUCCCAAUGCACGAAUCAUUCGUGAACUUCGUGAGGAGGUGACACAGCUCAAACAGAGGCUUACUGUGGCCCAGGUUCACCCGGUGUCUACAGAACAAGGGGAAGAGGAGGAGGAGGCCAUCAAGAAUGAUCCAGAUCUCCGAGACCGGCUUGAGGAGACAGAGAAACUCUUCAAACAGAAGACUAAAACAUGGGAGGAAAAGCUAGCUGAGACCGAGAGAAUCCACCAGGAGCGUCAUGAAGCCCUGGAGAAGAUGGGCGUGUCCGUCCAGACGUCCGGGAUCAAGGUGGAGACGGGGACACAUUACCUGGUGAACCUGAAUGCUGACCCGUCUAUGAAUGAGCUGCUGGUCUACUAUCUCAAGGAUCACACUCUAGUGGGCAGCACUGAUGCAGUGACCCAACAGGACAUCCAAUUAAGUGGACUUGGGAUACAUCCAGAGCACUGCCUGGUCACCAUCGAGGUCAACGAUGUCUUUCUAUCACCACUAGAGGGCGCUAGAACAUGUGUGAAUGGUUCAAAGGUGGUUCAGAAAACCCGUGUUCGUCAUGGUGACCGUAUCUUGUGGGGGAACAACCAUUUCUUCCGCCUCAACUGUCCCAAACUUAACAGUCCCCAGUCUACAGAACCUGACCAGCCCAUAGAUUACAACUUUGCCCAGCAGGAGUUGAUGAGUAAAGAGUUCUCCAACGACCCAAUCCAGGAGGCUAUCAUUGCUAUAGAACAACAAUACGAGGAGGACAAACAGGAGGCCCUAGAGAAGCAGAAACAGAGCUAUGAGAGACAAAUGCAGAUCCUGAGGAGCCAGCUCAUGUCCCCAGGGACUCCCUCCAUGCCCUUCCUUCCUAUGAGCCCCAACAUGCUGACCCCCACGGGGUCCAUGUCUGCCCAGAGUAGCAUCCAGAGAAAGUACCAGGAGUGGGCCCAGCAAAGGGACAAAUCUAUCAAGCAGAGUCUAGCUAUUCUCCGGGAUGAGGUUGUCAAGGCGAACUCUCUAGUAAGGGAGGCUAAUGUCCUGGCCCAGGAAAUGGGCAAACUUACAGAAUUCCAAGUCACUCUACAAAUACCAGCAGCCAACCUCAGUCCUAACAGACGGAGAGGAGCAUUUGUGAGCGAGCCUGCCAUUCUUGUCAAGAGGAAGGGGCGGGGGAACCAGAUCUGGUCGAUGGAAAAGUUUGAAAAUAAGAUAAUAGAUAUGCGUGACAUGUACGAGGAGAGGAAAGCGACAGGACUCCCUAUGAUGGUAGAGGACGAGCACGAUUCUGAACCCUGGGAUGAGGGACCACCAGUAAAGGGAGACCCGUUUUAUGAGUCACAGGAAAACCACAACCUAAUCGGUGUGGCCAAUGUCUUCCUAGAGUGUCUCUUCCACGAUGUCAAGCUGGACUACCAAGUACCAAUCAUAAGUCAACAAGGGGAGAUUGCUGGUAAGCUACAUGUAGAGAUUUCCAAACUCGGAGGAUCCUUCCUGGAUAGAUAUGCUGACACAAAUGAUGACGGAGAGGAGACAGCUGAGCCAGAGCCUGUCGGAAUCGGCUCUCCAAUGAUUGUCAGGAUCUGUAUAUCGGGAGCUAAGGGUCUUCCCCCAGCCUUGUCUAACUUCGUAUUCUGUCAGUACACCUUUUGGGGGAAUGAAGACACUGUCGUUGUUCCACCUGAGAUUCACCCCGACUCUUCCGCACACAAGAAAUCAGACACCAUAUCAUUCAAAUUCCAGCACAGCAAGGACUUUAAAGUUUAUAUAACAGAGGAGUUUAUAGAGCACUGUUCAGAAGGAGCUUUGUCUAUAGAAGUUUGGGGCCACAGAAGUCCAGGAUUUGGUCUGGUCAACAACGGGAUGGACAACAUUAUAGCCAGGUCAAGGACCUUAGCAGACAGAUGGAGUGAGGUUAUGAGACAGAUAGAAUUAUGGACAGAAGUACACGAACUUAACCACCAGGGGGAGUAUGUUCCUGUCCAAGUACAACCUAAACCAGAGGUGCCAUCUGCAGGGGUCUUCCAGUUACAGCAAGGUCAUACAAGGCGAGUGUUUGUGCGGAUAAAGCCAGUGGCAAACUCCGGGACCCUGCCUCUCAUCUGUGACUCUGUAUCAUCUAUACAAGUCGGAUGUAUCUAUGUACGCAACAAAAUCCAAAAGGGGCUGGACAGUUACCAGGAGGUCGAUCUUACACAUCUGCGGGACAGGUGGUCAGACGCACUGGCAAGGAGGAAAGAUUACCUGAACGAGCAACUCCAGAAGCUCAUUAACAAGCAAGAUAAGUCGGACUCGGACGUGGAUCGAGAGAGGGCCUUGAUGGAUCAGUGGAUGUCGCUGACAGACGAGAGGAAUGCCGUCAUGGUGCCGAGUCCAGGCAGUGGUAUUCCCGGGGCACCUGCGGAAUGUUUUAGGGAGGCCCCAGAAGAUCUGGAGGAGCACAGACCUGUACUGUUUCUAGAUUUAAACGCGGACGAUAUGAGUACGUCAGGAGUCAAGGAAGGGUUCCAGGCCGCGGGUGUUAAUUCCAUUUUAGUUAAAGAGCAUGCAUCCACUUUUGUUAACCUACCUAUCAUCAAAACAUUCACGGAGAAAGAUAAUGUUUGCGCUGUUGCAUCCUGGGAUUCCUCAAUUCACGAUUCGCCGUACCUGAACCGUGUGACACAAUCCAAUGAGCGUGUGUACCUCAUUCUUAAGACAGUGGUGCGAUUGAGUCACCCGGCGUACAUGGAGCUCGUGUUACGUAAACGCAUGUGUAUUAACAUCUACAAUAACUUCAGUAUAUCUAAUCUAACGGACCGGCUCAAAAAACGCAUCACAGGGGCUGAGAAAUCUUUCGCCAGCGGAGUUACGUACGACGUCGUGUCCAAUAUACCAAAGGCAUCAGAGGACUUAGAGAACAUGGAAAGCUUAGCACAAGUGGCUGCCUCUCAGAAUGAAAUCAGUGCCACAGAUGGAGAGACAUACAUUGAGAAGUACAUCAAAGGGAUAUCCAGCGUGGAGAGUAUACUUACCCUGGACAGACUAAGACAGAAUGUAGCAGUGAAGGAAUUGACGGCGUCUACCGGUUUAGGACUUAGGAAAACUACAAGUGUGCCCAAUAUACAUGCUGGCGCUCUCUCACCAAUGAAAUUAGAAGGACAGCUUCGAGCAGACAGCAUACAGGACCUUUCGUUGGAUGCUCUGUCAUUAGGACAACUUGGCUCGCACCCCGCCCGUCCAAACUUUUUGAACUUGAGAACAAAUUCGUAUGGUAGCAUUUCUAAGACUUCUCCAAAGUCCCUUCUGAGCCCCAUUGGAACCAAAGUUGCGACGGUGAAACCCAUGAUGACUUUAAUGGAAGAACAGUACCAGAGAGAGACAAAACCACUGCUGAGACAGGAUACAGAGGAGGACUUGGAAGAUGAAGAACCAGAUCACAAGCACCACAUCAGGCAGGUGGAGCCUGACCCACAUAGCAUCGGCUCUGAUGAGUUCCAGGACUUUGAGUCCUAUGAGACCCAGCAGGGGUCACUUCAGGAGGAUAACAAGGUUGUGAACUCGACCGAGGAUGGACACAUUGUCCACUCCUCUACCACUGAUAGUCUGGUGGAUAUCCAAGGUAAAAACUGUACCCCUAGCCUCGUGUCAAGUGGAUAUGGCUCGCAGGCUGUGUCGAUGCUCACUCUAUCCUCCGAGGAUUCUCUUAGUCUACGAAGUAACGAGGAUAACACAGAAUCAAACAAAGAGUCUAGAGGUGUUCAGAAAGGCAAUGCAGAACAGGCUAAUAGUAGUGGGGAUAGUGAUUUAGAGGAAGGAUCUACAGACUCCACACAGGAGGGGGACAAAAUCCUGGGGACUGCUGAUCAAUCAGCAGAGGAUACCAAGCAACAGAGUACAAUGUUAGAAGAUAAAGAAAAAUAUUUGAGUACAGAUGAAAGUCUCAGUGGUAAGGAUGUGAGUGACUUGGACAUCAGUGUAGCAUCUCUGCGGCGUCCCAAUCUUCCAGACUUUGACACAACAGGUACAUCUUUAGACGAAAGCAAGGGAGAUAACUAUUCACUUACACAAGACAAGGGCAAGGGAGGUAACUCUACUGGAGAGUGGGUGGAUCCAUAUAGUGAAACUGCAAUGGAGGAACUAGAAAAGCUUGGGCUUGAUGAGGCAGAGGAGAGCCAUGAUUUCACAGAGCAUCCUACCGAGCAGACUCACAAAGAUAUGGUGGAGCUAUUUAUUCGUGAAGACGGGGACAGUGAGCAGGACAAGGGUAGGAUUUUGGCGAGUACGCCGAUACGUCGACGUAAUUUAAACCUAUCCAAACGUGCCCGUCCCUCAUCUUGCAUUGUGUCACCCUCCUCGCAUGCAGACACUACAGCAAGUAUAAUAGAGGAGAGCAUGAAGAGAAACAGCCUCGUUCUGGAUACCACUGACGAUAUGGAAACAUCAGCUGGUGAGGAUGCUUUAAGCGUGUGUUCAUUCGGAAGUCGAGCUGACCUUGACAGGCUACAAGAAGUUCCUGUGCCACCCUGGAUACAGAUCGGAGAAAGUGUCAUAGUCAAUUCUUCUAAGGGCCCUGCAAAAACCGGAUUUGUGCAAUUUGUUGGGAAUGUGGAGUUCGCUGGCGGUCAGUGGGUCGGGGUGGAGCUUGAUCUCCCUGAGGGUAAAAAUGAUGGUUCUGUGCAUGGCAUUCGAUAUUUCAAGUGUCGAUCUCGUCACGGCGUAUUUGUUCGUCAUGACAAGGUUCUCUUGGACAAAAAACGACGAGGAUCACGAAAGAUGGCAAAGCGGCAUUCCAUGGGAGCUAAACUUAGUGGCUCAAACUCAAAUAUUUCCUUUUCCCCGGGAGUGACCUCCCCUGGCGGGAACAGUCCUUCCUAUCUCAAAGGAACCUCAUCCAGUUACGCGAAGAAGAAGUAAUCACCAUAGAAAGGAUAUUUUUUCACUGAUCAUCAUUUUUUGAUAGUGAUUUUCUGACGAGUUCAGCUGUCUAUUAUGGGGGUGAUCUGUGUCACCGCUAAGCAAAUGGAUUUUACACUCGAUAACAAAGAUUUCUGCUUGCAUGAAAAUCUAAAUAAGUAAAUGAGGGAAUGCAGUGCAGAGAAUAAUUCCCUCUGGUAACAAAUUUUGAGCAAAGACAUACAGUUAUAUUUAUCACCUUGGAUCAGGAGGGAAAAAAAUGACAAAAAUUUGCAUGUGGCUGUCUUCUGACGAAGAAAUUAGACCUAAGCAUCUGAUCUUCAUGAGAUCGGCCAGCUAAAAUAAAUACAUCUUCUAACUCAUGAAAAAAUCGGGACCAUGGAAUCAGUAAUUGAGAAAAUAUAGAUGACCAGUAGUUAUAAGCACAUGAAGAAACUGAGUCAAUCUUUCUACUUGUGGGGGGAUAUUGACCAAGACACUUAUAAUUAAUUACUUCCGAGUUUUCUCAUGGUUACUGUCACCUGUAUGAUAAUACAGUGAUCUUUGUGUUAUACUUUACUCUUUGUUAACCCUUUAAGCUGCUGCAAUUAGUUAAUCAAAUAUGUACUAUUUAGACACAUCAUUCUGUAAUUUCAGAUUGUUAUAAAAAACAUGUUUAAGGUUUUCAAGAGGAAUUCAAAUUUACAUGAUACAAUGAGUAGAUAAAAUAAGUGUUUCUAUGGAGACGGAUUCAUUCUAUAAAAUGCCUGUCUUUCAUACUGGAAGAUUCCCCGGGAUGUGAGCCAGCCUGUCACCCUCCUAGACCAUUGUAUAUGGCUACCAGAGGUCUGAUGUUGUAAAUCUGUGAUGUAUUUAACCUGAUCAAAACUUGUUAUUAUAUGUACCUGUAUUGUCUCAUCCUGUACAAAGCAGAAGGAAAUAGGAAACUGUACAUGUCUCUGUAUCAAAGAGAAUAUUGUACAUGUCUCUGGAUUGAGCAGAAUAAUGUACAUUUCCUUAAAAAACAGAAAUUGAACUUUGUAGAAAUCUACACGAGAGAGUAGUUAAAAACUGUACAAGUCUGAAAAUGAGAGAGAAACAGAAUAUUGUACAUUUCCCAGAAUGAAAGAUAAAAGGAGUGUUUUUAAUUUAGCAAUCAAAUAAGAGAUGUAAUUGUACAUACCAGGGUACGUUGAAAGUAUUGACAGGUGAAAAUGAUGGAAUAAGUCCUUGGUAAUUGUUACCUGAAUCAACAGGUAAUCAGGAAGUUGGAGUUCAUACCUGGUUUGUAGUGAUGAGCAGGUGUAUGGGGGAAAAACACACAUGAUCUUAAUGGUAUUCAACAGGUGUCUAGGGAAAAAGGGAUACAUGAUUUUAAUGGCAAUUAUAACAGGUGUCUAGGGAAAAAGUGAUAUGUGAUUUUAAUGGCAAUUAUAACAGGUGUCUAGGGAAAACGUGAUACAUGAUUUUAAUGGCAAUUAUCACAGGUGUCUAGCUAGAAAGCGACACUCUGUUGUGAUAAAGAGAAAGUUUGGUACAUAUGUAAAGUUGCACCUGAUUGUUAUAGAAACCAGUAGAUAUUCUAUUUAUGAUGUAAAAGUAUUCCUGACUCCAACACCACAAACAAAUUUCUGGCAACAUCAAGCCGAGUCUGAGCGAAAUAUUAUAAGCGUGUAUGACAUUGAUCUCUGGUUGUUAUGGUAACCAGAGGAUGUUCUACACGUAGUGACAGAUUGUUGGUUAUUUAGUAAAGAACAGGUCUUCUAGCUAGACAGAUAUAAUUUGAAAGGAAGGAUAAUAUAAGGAAAUUAACUGUACCACUGUCUGUUGAAUCAUGUAAUGUCUAAAUCUUUACCUAGUAUGUAAAUAGUUAUAUGAGAAACAGUAUUGUAUUGGUGGUUUACGCUGUGGUUGAAGUUGAUGUUGUAGCUGACCAUAUAGCAAACAUGCAUUCCUGUAAUUGUAUCUUGUACUUGAGGCAUGGUAGACAUUUCUGACGGAUAUGAAUCAGAACAGAACCAGAAAUAAGGUAAGAAACUGUAGACACCACUGAACCAACUUUAUUUCCUGUAUAUCACUUCCGAGUUGUUUUUCUUUUUCGUCCCUUUAUACAAAAAUAAUCUUUUAUUGGGGAGACAAAGAACUUUGAAAGGUGUUUUGGAAUAAUUAAGCUCAGAUUAAUUUGAAUGUGCCAUGGUUAGUCUUCUGUUGUAGUGACCACUUUUGACAGGCCUCGCAGAACAGUUUCUUCCUUGUUAUUAUGAUCACUUACAAUGGUAAUUCUGUAUUACACAAUUCCCUCACCUUGUAAUUUGUCCCUUUCGAAAACAUCAUCAGGCAAUAUCUAGCCCUCUUGAAUAUUUGGACCCUAAUUAUUUGCAACAGCCUUUGAAAGUAUAAUGGUGACCAAUCUGGCUGGUGAGUAACUAACGGUGACCAAUCUGGCUGGUGAGUAACUAACGGUAACCAAUCUGGCUGGUGAGUAACUAACGGUAACCAAUCUGGCUGGUGAG